UCAUUGUUCGUUUGACAAGCAAAUGAUCAACAUCAAAUCGCAUACAAAUAUGUCGUGAUCGGUUUGAAAAUCUUAAAUAUAAUAAAAUAUAUCGGGGCAGAGAGAGAGAGAGGAAGGGGAAGUGUGAACGUCAAAAGAUAUUUUUUACGUAAUGUGAAUGGUGCCAAAAGAAGAAGAAGAAGAAGGCACCCCCCAGUCCCCCUCUUCACCAACAUUUAACAAGAUGUUCUACGAUUCUAUCGGAAGAUUAAUAUCAUUGAUUUAUUUAUCGAUUUUAUUAUCCUGCAAAGUUUCGGCCGUUCAAUCACCGUGCCCUAAUUACUUUCGUUAUUUUUGGAAUAAUCGUCGCGAGAUCAUAGGACAGGUGAUAAUAUCUUCGCCGCCAAAAAAUACGGAUUUACAUUUGAAAAUAGAACUUAGUUUGGCCGCCUUAUUACCUUCGAAAUACAUCGGCCAAUUAGCAUUAGCACGAUCAAAAGAGGAAACAGUAAGAGAGAUUCAACAAGGUAGACCAUUAUUCUACGUAGUUAAUUUUCCAGUAACAGAACCGUUACCUGUUUUAACAAAUCUAUGGUUCAAUGGACAAUUAUAUUGCAGUGGUCCACGUGCAUCAGGACGAAUCGUAACUUCGAUUUCUUUGGAACACACGCUCUUUCCACCAAAAGCAUUACUUACCUCCGCUAAUUCUGCUAACAAUCAUGAUGAACGACCGAAUUUCAAUAAUUUUAUACUAUCAUUCAAUCAACCGGAACAACCAUAUUUAGAACCCGAACCAUUACAACCAUCAAUGCCACCACCAUCACAACCAUACUUGGAAUACAAACCAUUACAACCAUCAAUGCUACCACCAUCACAACCAUACUUGGAAUACAAACCAUUACAACAACCAUCAAGACCAUACUUUGAACCCAAACCAUUACAACCAUCAAGACCAUACUUUGAUCUCAAACCAUUACAACAAUCAUCAAGACCAUACUUUGAACCCAAACCCUUACAACAAUCAUCAAGACCAUACUUUGAACCCAAACCCUUACAACAACCAUCAAGACCAUACUUGAAACCCAAACCAUUACAAUCAUCAAUGCCACUACCAUUAAGAAAACCACCAUUAUCAUCAUCAUCAUCGUCUUUAAAACCUAACAACUAUGAGCAAUGUGGAAAGGAAAACAGUAAUCUGUUGGUAGCUGGAGGUGUUGAGACUGAACCAAACCAAUGGCCUUGGUUGGUUGCUAUCUUUUUUGCUGAUUUAAAUCUUGAAUUUCAAUGUGCCGGUACACUGGUCACCAAUAAACACAUUAUUACUGCGGCACAUUGUACAAGAAGAUCACCGGAUAAAUUGGUCUUACCAGCCGGAACCAUAAGUGUCUCAUUAGGUCAUUAUAGUUUGUGGGAUGAGAGAAAAGAAGGUUCGAUCAGGCGAGGAAUUAAAGAAUACAAAGUACAUCCAGAUUACGAUCAUUAUGAUCAAUCUGCUGAUGCUGAUCUUGCUGUUAUGAUAUUACUCGAAACAGUUGAAUUUUCUGAAUCUAUUAAACCGAUUUGUUUAUGGACUGGAUCUGACGAUUUACGAGAUAUCGUUGGAUAUAAUGGAUACGUUAUAGGCUGGGGUAAAAAUGAACGUGAUCAAAUUUCGAAUGAACCUCGACUAGUUGUUGUACCUAUCGUUUCUCAGGAAGAUUGUUUACGGAGUAAUCAAGCCUUUCUCGAGUUGACAUCCAAUCGUACCUUGUGUGCUGGUUCUAGAAAUGGUAUUGGACCAUGUAACGGUGACAGUGGAAGUGGUUUAGUAAUACGUAGAAAUGAUGGACGUUAUUAUUUACGUGCAGUUGUUUCGCGUUCCAUUUUAGAUUUUUCCAUGUCAUGUGAUCUCAACAAUUAUAUUGUUUACGUUGACCUAAUGAAAUAUAGAGAUUGGAUUCGUUUACAGAUUUCUUCUUGAAAUUGCCAUGUUCAUUAUUUAAGAAAUAUUUAUUUAACACAUAUUGUAUACUCAUUUAACAAUUCUCUUUUUCUAUUUUUAGAUGAAUAUAUUUAUUAAUUUACU